AUGACGACCCCGUCCCGUCCAUCCCCUCCCCUUGGUGUGCUCCAGAACAGGCAGGCUCUGCUGACACGAUGUGCAGAGCAGACCCUGCAUUUGAUGCUGCCUGUUUCUGGCCUCACCUGGUUCCUCUCUGCUGUCAGCAGUGGAGAGGAGGCCAUUCGGGACUCACCUGGCUCCCAGCUGUCAGGUCCAACAGUUCUCAGACACUUCCCCGGCUCUGAAAACUUCCCUCCCUCUGGAAAAGAUGAAUUGCCUGCCUGCAUGGUCAAUGCUGCAUCAAAGCAAGGCUUUUCUAUAUAUAUUGAUGAACCAGAAGAGAAAGAAAACUACAACUACCCAGUGGUGGAAGAGCUGGAGUCUAGCCUGUGUGAACUGGAUACUAGUGCAAUGACAUCCAAUAUUCACCUACUGUUGGAUCUGAGUACAGGGUCUCCUAUGCUGGUGGACACAUCCUUCCAGACCCAACCUGAGGAUCAGAUGGGAGAUGCAAUAACUGUAAUGACUGUGGGGGAGUAUGCAGAAGACAUCCAUCGGUACCUCCGAGAAGCUGAAGUAAAAUACAGGCCCAAGCCCUACUAUAUGAGAAAGCAGCCAGAUAUCACAACAGGAAUGCGUGCUAUCUUGGUAGAUUGGCUUGUGGAAGUGGGGGAAGAGUACAAACUUCGGACAGAGACCUUGUACUUGGCCGUGAACUUCCUGGACAGGUUUCUUUCCUGCAUGUCUGUCCUCAGAGGGAAGCUGCAACUUGUAGGAACAGCAGCAAUUCUUCUGGCUGCGAAAUAUGAGGAGAUUUACCCACCAGAAGUAGAUGAAUUUGUGUACAUAACGGAUGAUACAUACACAAAGAGGCAGCUGCUGAAAAUGGAACACCUGCUUCUCAAAGUGCUGGCUUUUGACUUAACGGUGCCAACCAUCAAUCAGUUCCUCCUCCAAUAUAUUCAGAGGCAUGGAGUCUGCAUCAGGACGGAGAACUUUGCAAGGUAUCUUGCAGAACUGAGUCUCCUUGAAGCUGAUCCAUUUCUGAAGUACCUUCCUUCACAAACUGCUGCAGCAGCCUACUGUCUAGCAAACUAUACAGUGAACAGGCGGUUCUGGCCGGAAUCACUUGCUGCGUUUACUGGGUAUUCACUAAGUGAGAUAGUGCCUUGCCUGACUGACCUACAUAAAGCAUGCCUUGAUGCUCCCCGUUGCCAACUGCAAGCAAUUAAGGAAAAGUACAAGCUCUCAAAGUACCUGCAGGUGUCUCUUUUAGAGCCUCCAGCAGUUCUUCCUCUGCAAUGAAGAUGGUGGAUCUUGGACUUGAACUAUUCCCUCCGAAUCAACAUAGCUGGUCUAACAUUUCAUAGAGCACUGCAGGUCAUGUGUCUAACCAUGGUGUUAAGAAAGUU